AUGCACUUGGCUCACAGUUCCAUGUCCGAUAAACCAUCGCCGACAUCCGCAGACGAAAGGGUCUAUCGAUUUAUAUCCGACCCAUCACACAAGGAGAAUCUAUCGGGAAGAGUCCGAGCAGCAUGCUUGACUUGUCGACGAAAGAAGAUAAAAUGCUCGGGCGAAAGAAACUGUCGAACCUGUCGAGAGAAAGGUCUUUUCUGUGAAGGUUUCCCGGCCAGGAAGCGGCUGAAGAAGGAGGGUGGCUUCGAAAGUAUCCUUGCCCCGGUUCCUGCUGGUAUCGAUCGCAAAGGAAAGGGCAGUUCCGUCAAGAAAAGCAGUCCGAAGCAAUCGAAGCUAUCUCUACGGUCAGCAGUGGCUGACAAUAAUGGAGUAUCCGGAGACAUUCCCCACGACUCAGAGCAAUCAUCAUCGACCGACGUCCACUCUGCGUUAAGCGCGGAGCUGGGUCAGCGGGUUGCCAUUGACGCCAAACACGACUCGAGAUCCUCACGUCAACUGGAGGCUCUUGCGCCUUACCAGGUCGACACCUGGAGGCUGGAUGAUCAUCUGCGCGCGCAGCCAUCAACGCUGCCGCAACAGGUAGCAACACCUCCGACCGGUUUCAUCACGUCUGCUCCGCCCGAGCAAACAUCAUUCAACUGGACGGAAAUGCAGGACGAUGAGGAUUGGUGGACAGAUCGAAUCAUUGACGCCUCAGGCCUCAGCAGACGGCAGACAAUAGCCUCCUUCCUACCCUCACCAGGCGGCAACCAGUUUGAAAGCAGAUACGAGGUACCACAACCAUAUAUUGGCCCCUUCGACGACCUUGCACUCCUUCUCGCAAACAGCCGUGCGCCGACUGUUCUCAACUCAAGCGCUGGAGACUUCUCGUCUUGGUGGGAUGUCAGCAACAUGACACCAGCUUUUCUGGGACAAGCGCAAGGUGUUGAGCGAGAGCGUCUUCCGCCGCCUUUUCAGCAUACACCAACUUCGCAAUGCUCCGGGAUCGCAACGCAGCAGCAGUCGGCCGAUGCAUUUUUCGACCACCUAUGGAACAAUAUGCCACCGGAAUGA